AUGCUUCGCCAGAACUUCGCUGAAGCUCAGAACGUCGCCAUCUCUCCUACAACUGGGAGAGCUUCAUCCUACGUGAAGAAUCGUGUCAUCAAGUGCCACAUUGGUGAGAAAAUAAUCAACAAAAAUGAUAGUAUUUAUAAUUUUGAUAAGAGAGCUACUAAGCUGCGAUGCCUUCGUUUGAUAUCCAUGUUUAAUAUGUCUGCAAUGGCAUUGGCUCAAGCGGUUAGAAAAUUUCCUCUGUUGGAGGAGCUUGAAAUCUCAUUUUGUUUCAUUUCUGCUGAAUUACUUGGAUCAGUUAGCUUGGCUUGCCCGCAAUUGAAGAGCUUCAGACUUAAUCAACACCAUAAACUACCAUACGAUGAUGAUUAUUACAGUGAUUUUGAUGAGAAUUUUGAUGCCGAGGCUUUGGCUAUUGCGACACACAUGCAACAGCUGCAUCGUCUUCAGCUUAUCGGAAACAGUCUUACAAAUACUGGGUUAUUUUCCAUACUCGACAAUUGUCCCAAUCUUCAACAUAUUGAUAUUCGUCGAUGUUUAAAUAUUACGAUUGACGAAAAUUUGAAGAAAAAAUGCAAAUUGGUCAAACACUUGAGACUUCCCAAUGACUCUACUGCAGAUUCUGAGUUUAAUGAAGUUUUUGACGGGCCAAUCACUGAUUUAGCGCCUGCACUAUUUUAUUCAUAUUAUGACCGUCUUUAUGGUGACUCUGAUUAUUAUGAUCAUGAUGGCGAAGUCUCUGAUAUGGACUAUGAUGACCUCUUUGAUUUCUGCUAAAUCUUCACCAUGGUGUUCUUAAAAUGAAGCCUUUUUAUGUUGAGGUGGCGCUAAUGGUGAUUUUUUUUCUCAUGCUGGAGCUGGUGUUACUUGGCAAGCAAAAUGGAUCUUUUUUUGUUUAUUCAGCCAUCCUUACACCGAGAAAAUCUGGUAUGUUUUAUAUGUUUGAUUUGGUUUAUUUUGCAUAUAUGGACGUCUAUAUUGAAAUGUUUCUAGAAUUAAGACUGAAAUAUCUGAUUCCGUGCUGAUCCAAACUUAAAACUAAAGUUUGAUUCAAAGGUAUUUGUUGCAAUCUCAAGUCCAAUAGAGUUUGGUUGAAU